CGCCGUCGCUAUCAUGCAGACCGUCCAGACUAUCCUGUCGGCUGUUCAGUCCGGUUCGACAAACCUGAACAUUUCCGAGGUUAUCGCAGCGACCAACGCCACUCUUCCAUCGUCAGCUGAGGGACCUCCCUCCUUCUCCCCAUUUCAGCUUGUUCACCAGCUGCUCACGGUCUCAGCCGUCCGUGACUGGUUGAAACUCCUCCUAGUCGGUAGUAUCCUCGAGGUGUGCCGCCGAUUCCUAUGGCGCUCCUGGGAAUCAAUCAUGAACUACUUCUGGAUUACCGUCACUCUCGACGAGGGCGAUGAUGCCGGAUACUGGCUCAUGUUCUGGCUAUCAAAGCACCGUGUGUUCCGCACCGCCCGGACCCUUGAUGUCAGCACGCGGACUUUCGGGAUCGACUCGCCUGUCGUCUCAGACACCAGGGACAUGGACGACAUCUCGAAGGGCCGUCGGAUCUCGUUCCUGCCAUCACUGGACACGACGUACGCUCUUUGGUACAAGUAUCGGUACCUCACCGUAACCCGGAGUCAGACAACCGACAGUCCGUGGCAUAAGACGACAAACCUCCAGAUCCGGAUGCUCACUCGUAACCAUGAACUGCUUCGCGAUUUGCUUCUUGAGGCGAAGAAGAUGUACUACAAUGCGAGCGAGAACCUGAUCUCCAUCUAUGUCUCCGACUCCUCGGACUACUGGAAGUUAAUGUCUACGCAACACAAGCGUCCCAUGAAGUCGAUCAUUCUCGAUCCCGGUGUUAUCGAGCUGGUCUUGAACGAUGCGAAGGACUUUCUCGCGAGCAAGGAGUGGUAUGCUGAGCGAGGCAUCCCCCAUCGUCGCGGCUACCUCCUCUACGGCGCCCCUGGCGCUGGGAAGACCUCGUUGAUCCACACCAUAGCCGGCGAACUCAACCUCGACGUCUACAUCCUCUCCCUCACUCGCAUGGGUAUGGACGACGCUUCUCUCAACGCCACGAUCGCAGAGCUCCCCAGCCAGUGCAUCGUGCUCAUCGAGGACAUCGACGCGGCCUUCCAUCAGGGUAUUAAGCGUGAUAUCGUUGAUCCCGAAAGGCAGCGUCCCGAAGAUCAAGAGCAAGAUCCUCAAAAGAGUGAGAAGGAAAAGACUACCGACUCAGCAUGCCGCGUCACCCUCAGCGGGCUUCUCAAUGCCCUUGAUGGCAUCGGGGCGCAGGAGGGUCGUAUCUUCUUCGCGACUACGAACGACCACAAGGCGCUCGACCCUGCUCUCUGCCGCCCCGGUCGCCUCGAUCUCCACAUCGAGUUCAAGCUGGCUAGCAAGUACCAAUGCCGCGAGCUCUUCAGGCGCUUCUACCUCCCUUCUAGCGCGGAUGACGACAAGAUGGACGAAAACGAGGAGGACGUCGACGAGAAGGACUCCGGGUACGGCUCGCGCUCAGAGAGCGUCAAGGGUGACAACGAACCCGCUUCGAGUUCUCCUACUUCCACGCCCUCCCCGUCUCGAGCAGAUGCCGACUCCGAUUCGUUGGCAACAUACACCGGUCUGACACACUCCGCCCGUGCCCCCAAGCUCUCGCGCAAGCAGGCGGCAGAGCUCGCGGACCGGUUCGCAGCGGCGAUCUCUAACCGCGCAUUCUCGAUGGCGACGCUGCAGGGCUACUUGAUGACCUACAAGACCCGGCCGUACGAUGCUGUCGAUGACGUUCCUGCUUGGAUUAAAAAGAAGCAGCUGGAGAAUAAGGUUGGAGCACGCUCUGACGCGCCCGCGAUCAAGUCGGAGGCGUCUCCCUCUCCUGCUCCCUCAGCAGCUUCCUCUGCACAGGUGGAGGAGCAUGAGACUGCCCAGGAACAUUGCUCCACAUCAAAUUUGCCUGCAUCAUGAUCUACCAUCGCUGAUUUGCAGGGUUGGGGAGAACCUCAUCUGGGCUUAAGCCGCGCGGGCUCUAGAUGUGAGGCUCGUAGCCCAACGGUUUUGUCUGCUAUGACGCUUGUGGCUUUAUUGUCCGUUUAUUGACGACGUGCACUUAUCGCAUUCUGUCUCUUGAUGUCUCUGGGAAAUGUAUCAUAGUAGCGUUAUUAUCCUAUCAAAGAUCAACUUCUCUUCG